CUGAUUUCCGAACGAACUCUAAAUGUCACGUCAGUAUGUGCGUCAAUAUCAAUAAACAUACUCCGCAAAAUAAUUUGCGAAAUUAAAUAUAAGGCAAAACGUAACUAGAAAACCAAAGAAAAUGCCGCUUAUACGUUCAGCGAGCUUAAACUUAUUUGUAGAAAUCAGUGUCCGCAUAGCUUUGCUUUCAGCUUUUUGCUACAUGGAAUCCAUGUCACCAUAUUUCCGCGUCAUCCAGCCAGCAGACCUGGAGUCCUCACUAAAGUACCCGCGACACGAGUCCUUCGUGCCCGGACAUAUGUUGUGGUCUAUAGUGCUGGCGGUGCCUUGCCUACUCUCGAUCAUAGCGUGGGCUGUGUGCAAUGACUGCAAUGAUGCCUUAGAGUUCCUUUUGGCGUGGUCGCUUGCUCUGGGCAUGAAUGGGGUCACUACAAACAUGGUUAAACUAAUAGCAGGGCGACCGCGUCCGGACUUUUUCUACCGCUGCUUCCCGGACGGUAUCGAGACGAUGGACUUGCAGUGCACCGGCGACCCGGACGAGAUAAUGGACGGACGGAAGUCGUUCCCGAGCGGACAUAGCAGCUUAUCGUUUUGCUCGCUUGGCGCGGGCAGCCUGUGGCUAUGUGGGCGACUGCGCGUGCUGUCGCGGCGGCGCGGCGGCGCGCGACUCGUGCUGUGCGCGGCGCCGCUCGCACUCGCCGCCUGCGUGGCGCUGAGUCGCAGCUGCGAUUACCACCAUCACUGGGAAGACAUCCUAGUUGGUUCAGUCCUCGGCUUCACAACAGCACUCGUCUGCUACCGGCAAUACUACAACCCGCUGUCCUCAGACCUCGCCGGGGUCCCGUACAUAGCGUCCAACACCGAGCUAGCGCAGUACGUGAACGGGACAGAUAGCCCGAGUAAAGAGCGAGACGAAAACACACCGCUGCUGAAAAAGGUAGACAAAUGGAUAUAGUUUAUGUUCUGACUUGGCCUGGGAUUCGUUUUAUAGGUUUUCGGGGUUAAAUGCACG